AAAUAUGGAAAACGUUAUAGAUCUUCAACGCAGACAAGAAAAAAAAGAUCAACAAUUGAUUGUUUUCGCCAACAUUAUAUUUUAUUUGCAAUUAAUGGCUGGACAUGAUGUGAUCACACAAUUACCCCCUGGUUACAGAUUUUUGCCCACUGAUGAGGAGUUGGUUAAACAUUACCUUACCAACAAGGUUCAUUAUCAACCUUUUCCAGCUCUACUGGUUAAAGACAUCAACGCAAAGGAAUUUUACAGCAAAUCUCCUGACACUCUUGUGAAAAAUAUGUGUGGCGAAGCAGAAUGGUACUUCUUCAUACGUCAAGAUGAGUAUUUUAGAGGAAAUAUAGGAAAAAUUCGGAUUGUUGAAAAUGAGACAGGUUUUUGGCAAUGCUUUGGAAAAGAAUUUCCGAUUUAUAAUUCAGAAGGAGAUGUCGUUGGCUUCAAGGUUAAUUUGAAAUAUUGUUCUGGAUCGGCAAAGAAAAGUACUUGGACAAUGGAAAAGUACCGUCUAAGAUCUGAAUGUGGCACUCAUGACAACGAGAUGGUGAGGACUCGGGCCACGAUAGUCAGAGAUCAGGUACCGGAUCCUGCAGCUACGGCUGGCACAAGGGAACGAGCGACAGUUAGACGGCGCAGUCGAGCUAGAGGCCGCGGGGCUGCACCAGCCAGGGGCAAGGCUCCUGCGGUUGGGCAGCGGUGUGCGAGAUCUCCAUAUCCAGAGCCUGAGCCUGAGGCCAUCGGGGAUGAUAUGGCUCCUGCAUGGGCACACCCCAAGGCCACUUCAGAUCAGAUUGUUCAGGACACCAUGGCUCGCAUUCUACUUCAUUUGGAUGCCCAGCAAGCUGCCACUGGUAUUACUUCUCCGUGUGGAGGAUCAUAG